AUGGCAUUGUCAAGGAGUAAAGUAAGAUUUCUAUUCCCCAAUGCUACGCUGCAGUCGUAUUACCCCACGUCUGAAAUGUUUAAAGCGCCGAAGGUUGGGAGCGCGCCAAGAAUAUAUAACGGUUUGGAUCCCAGAAAAGUACAUAACUACCCAUGGACAAAUAUAUUUAAAACGAGGACAAUCAAAGAAACAGGAUAUCAGUAUGGAAAUUGGGCAGGACCAUCUAUUCAUUCCAUGACCCUUGAUGAAUUAGCCACCUUUUUUAGUAACAAGGAUUGCUUAAAGCAAUUUAGCUACUGGCAGUUACUUAAGGCUACUUAUGGACAGUUCCAAUUUCUGUUCCUCUUUGUGGGAUCACUAGUUGCUACGAUCACGCCCAUAUUUUUGUUCACCAUGUAUAUACAGAAGUUUGAGCCAUUAGAAGUUACCAUGGACCCAGAUGAGUAUUACAAGAAUUUCCACUGGCACUAUUACGGUGGAGAAAUAGACCACCACGCUUUUUCACAGUACCUGGAAGCUAGAAGGGCAGUCAGGUAUAGAAAUGCCGACAUCAACCCGGUCGAAUGGAUCCCCCCAGAGUACAGGGCAGAAGAGGAAUGA